AAUUUUCGUCAGAUUAGGCGAAACGAUAUUCUUGCUCAGGUCAUAAUUGUGUGACGGACGGAUUAUCGGUCGGUCAGGGCCAGCGCUUUUAUUUUAAUUUUUUAGCUGUCGGGGUGUGGAUUACAAAGAAACAUUUUGAACAACAAGGCGUUUGUUUCGAAGCAGCCCUUUACGAUAUUGGAAAUGGAGGUGAUGCAUUCCAGUCAGCAGGACAUGGACUUGAUCGACAUCCUGUGGAGGCAGGACAUUGAUCUGGGCGCCCAGCGCGAGGUGUUUGACUACAACCAUCGUCAGAAAGAGCACGAGCUGCAGAGGCAGCGCGAGCUGGAGGAGGAGAAGCAGGUGCAGCUGCUCAGAGAGCAGGAGAAGGCCCUGCUGGCACAGCUGCAGCUUGAUGAGGAGACAGGAGAGUACAUACCCCGCUGCCCUCCCAGUGGCACACUGCAGCCGACCGCCACACCUCUAGAGGUUUCACAGAAUGUCAGCUUUACAGAAGACGACCGUAAUGACAUGUCAUUUGAUGAAUGUCUGCAGCUGCUGGCAGAGCGAUUCCCUGUUGAGGAAACUGAGAACCCCUCAGUUUGCCUGAAUGUAGCCGUUUCACCUACCAUCACCAUGAUGUCCCCCGAGCAGCCAGCUCUGCCGGCACCUGGUCUGGCGGCGGAUCCAGUGGCGUCGCAGAAGAUGUCCCCAGAUUUGGAACAGGCUUUGAUGGAGAUUUUGUUCCUCCCAGAGCUGCAGCAGUGCCUGAACAUGCAGAUGGAUGACACUCUGGAGACCACUACGUACCCUGUUCCAAACAGCCCUGAACUACCGCAGCCACAAUACUCGUUCUACCCGCUGCCCGACCUCUCUGCCGGCGGUGACGUAAACACGCCAGAUGUUCGCCCUGAUGAAUUUCUAAAUGUCUUCAGUGGAGCUUUUCCCAGUGUGGCGCAACUAGAAAACCUCAGCCAGAUGAAUACACAAGCUUCAGAGUUAAACACAGACUUCAGCACAGAAAGUCUGGAUGGUAUGUUUUACCCCACCUCCAUCCUUGGUACUGAGGCAAGUGGCGGUGGUCAAGGCGGCUUUGAAGAGAAUCAAAGCCAAAUAGUGUCAGAGAUCAAGCCUCUCUUCAAACACACAGAUUUUUACAGCCUCUCACCCGGAGAUGCGUUUGAUAGACAUACAGAGAAAGCGCCAGACUCCGAUUCGGGCGUCUCGUUCAGCACAAGUCCACACUCUAGUUCACCAGAUAAAUCAGUGUAUGGAGAUGGGUCUUUUGGUUUUAGUGAUUCAGAACAGGAUGAAAUGGAACAUGAUCCUGGGAGCACAGAAUCAGACUACGCCGAGAUGUUCUCCUUAAAUUUCCAACCAGAUGAUCUUCACUUCACAUCCUCCUUGUCUCCACCAUUGGGACAAGAGCAGGAAAAGAAACCUGGACACUGCAAGACAGAGGCAGCAGAGAACAGUGGCAGUGACGAUGCCCCCUUUACCAAAGACAAGAAGAAACGCUCUGAGGGGCGUCUCACUCGAGACGAGCAGAGGGCUAAGGCCCUCCACAUCCCUUUCACCGUGGACACAAUCAUUAAUCUACCUGUUGACGACUUCAAUGCAAUAAUGUCGAAGCACGACCUUAACGACAGCCAGUUGGCUCUGGUCCGAGACAUCCGGCGGCGCGGCAAGAACAAGGUCGCUGCCCAGAACUGCCGCAAACGCAAGAUGGAAAACAUUGUGGGACUGGAAGGCGACCUGGAUUCGCUGAAGGAGGAAAAGGAGCGGCUGUUGAGUGAGAAGAAACAGAACAUCGCAAACCUGAGAGAAAUGAAGCAGCAGCUGAGCAGCUUGUAUUUGGAGGUGUUCAGCAUGCUGAGAGACGAGAAGGGGAAUACCUACUCGCCAUCUGAAUACUCCCUCCAGCAGUCAGCAGACGGCAGCAUCUUCCUCGUCCCUCGUGUUAAAAAGACUAAGACGGAGGACAACCACUUACCUUCAUAGUGAUGCAGCUUCAUCAUAGUAAUGCUAUGCAAUAACAUUAAUAAUCACUGUUUUACGUAGCUCCGCAGAUCUAUGGUAGUUUUUGCUUACUCCUCUUGAAUGUAGUAUUUUUGAUAUUACUUUUUUGUACUGGUUUCUAUUACCCUCACAGACCAAUAUUGCUUGUAAAUACAAAUACUAUUUGCUUUUGAGAUUGAUAUAAUGUGUAACUGUAUAUAUUGUAUAUAUGUCGAUCUCUUGAUUUGCUGUCCCAAGUUCUUUUUUUAAAAUCCUGACUUCAGUGCUUUUCAAUAAAUUAUUCAUAUAACCAUC